UGUGACAAUGAACAACAACCACUACAAUAGCUCCCUGGGCGUUGGUGUUGGCAACACCAUGAACUCCUACCCACUCACCCUGGAGCAAAAAACUGCCUUCGCUUUCGUGGGCAUGCUAUUCAUUUUCCUGGGGCUUCUCAUUGUGCGAUGUUUCCGAAUCCUCCUAGACCCUUACAGCAGUAUGCCAUCCUCAACAUGGGCAGAUGGAAUGGACGGGCUAGAGAAGGGGACCUUUGAGUAUGCCUUGGUGUGA